AUGUAGGUAGAAUAACAUGAUGAUUAAAAGACCAUUGCAUAGUAUCGUGAGGAGCACUCCAAUAAUUUUCGCAACGAGUUAAGGAAUAAGUUCAUUUAAAAGUCUCGUGAGAAACACUUGAAUAGAAACAACAUUAGCUUUCAAAACAACGAUUUAAACAACUACAACAACGCAAAUAAUUAAUAUUCUUAGAUUCCAUAGUAGCAGUAGCAAUAGCUUUUUUCAAAUUUUUUAGUUGACCAAAAUAAUAUCUUUCAGAAUGCGUUUGAAUCUCAGAGACAAUAAAACCAAAAUUUGUCUAACUUAUUUGGCUAAUGCUAAAACGCAGAUUACAUGAAAAUGGGAUAAGAUGUCAUUAUUGAAGAAGGAAAUAGCUCAAAUAAUGGACAAAUUAUUUAAAGCAUAGAUUUCUCUUAAUAAAAUAGAAAUAAUUAGUAUUUGAAUGAAGUAAAUAAGUUUCAUAACGAGAGCAACCAAUCCAUUUAGUAUCUCAAUUUUUAAGGAAGUGUGCAAGCUUUGCUAAACAACAACGAUGCAAACUUAAAAGUAGCGAUAAUGCAGCAUAUCACUGAUUUGAUUGAAAAUAAUCUACAAGAUCUGAUGGACUUCUCCUAUAUUUUGCAGAGUCAUUGUUAUCUGUUGGAUAUUGUAAAACAAUACAUCGAACAUAACUAAAAGCAAGUAAAUUUAUAGAUAAAUAAAAUGGAAACGCAGCAAUACAACUGUAGCAGUAGCAACCAUUCUAAAAACAAUAUUUUAAUUUGCAAAGAAAGCGGAAGCAGUAGCAGUAAUACUGCCAGCUUGCAUGAGUUAGAAUAAAUAGAUUCAAAUGGUGAAAGCAGCAAAAUUAUUUGGGCUAUUAACUUAAUCAGUCUUAUUGCGUAUACGAAAUAAGAAAGCGUCAACAUGCUAAUCAAGAAGGGAUUUGUUGAUUUGUUUAUGAACAUUUUUACCGAAUAAAACUAAAACAUUAAAAUUGCAGAAAAAAUAAUAUCAUUUUUUGCUAAUGUAAUUUCUGUUGAUGAAGUAAUGAAAACGUACAUUUUGACUAAUAUCCCGAUCAAACUAUUCCUUUUCUUUUUUAUAAACAACGAGUACCAUCAUCCUUCUUUUCUUGAUUUUCACCAAAUUCUCUCCCUCUUUUUAAAUAAGUGCUACUUGUAGUCUGAUUACAUGAAUUUAAAUAGCAGUAAUUAAGAUAAACCAAACAGUAACGGAGUUAAUAGCAAAAAUGACAACGAAAACUAAAAUUCAUAGGAAGGCCACAUUUUGCAAACACUAAAUUUUAUAUUUAAUUCUGUAACAAAAGAUUUCCUAGAAGCUUUACAAAAUUUUAUAAACGACACUUAAGUUUCAAUAAAUUUGUCAGAAAUUUUGACUUAUAUUUGUUCUAAUAUACUCAAAACAUAUCCUUUUGAGAUGAUAAAAUAGCAUAUUAAUGAAAUCAAGCAACUAAUUUAAUUAUAAAUAAAAAGUGGAAUAAAACCUCUUUAAAUCCAAUCAAUUAAAUUAAUGAUAAAGAUAUUUCAGAUACCUCACUUGCUUCAAGAAUUUGAUGAUGAGGCUAAAAACUUUAUGGUUCAAACGUUAAAAGACUCUAUGAGCUCUGAAUUCAAGCAAAUAAGGAUUAACUCAAUGACUGCAAUAAUAAGUCUUCUAUAAAAUAUUCAAGAUGACAAUUAAUAUACUCACAUUAUACAAUACCUUUACAUUAAUAUCUUUAAUCUUUUCGAAAAUGAUCAUUAAUAAAUAAAAACAAUAUGUUUAAACUUCUUUUAGAGUCUCAUUAACCACUGUGCAAAUAGUUAAAAUGUUACAAUAGAUUGGAAGCUUAAAAUGGGAGAUUAAAUCUUAGUCAGUUUGAUUUCCUAACUCAGAAAAUGCAGUGUUUCAGUAUCCAACAUAGACUUUAUUUCUUAAAUUCUUAACUUACUCUAGUAAAUAAUAUCUAUCUUAAACAGCAACAUCUUCAAAUAUAAAUUCCAGCUUGAUUAUUUGUAACAAAGUGGCUUGCUAGAAGCUCUUAAAAUCCUCCAACAGCAAGAUAUUUCUUUUGAAAUUAAAAAUUAAUCCUUCAUGAUACUUUAAUAAUUUUACAAUGUAUAAAAUCAAAAAUGA